CCCCAAAUUCCCGCUGGUUCCUGCUCACCCGUGCUGGCUGCUCUGCCUGGUGGAGGUGGCAGGAGCUGCUGGGCCCGCCGGGGUGAUACUGACCCCGUGGUUCCCAUCACCAGUUCCUGAACUGGGAGGCUUUGGGGUUGUUGUUGGCACCUUCCAGGUGCAGGUUUUCCCUGGAAUCCUGGCGGGGCUGCACGGGCUGGAACGGGCAGAGCAGGGCAGGCCCUGGGGUUUCCCAGCCCGCGAGUUCCUGCGGAAGAAGCUGAUCGGGAAGGAGGUUUGCUUCACUGUGGAGUACAAGACCUCGCAGGGCCGGGAGUAUGGGAUGGUGUACCUGGGGAAAGACACGAAUGGGGAGAACAUUGCAGAGUCCCUGGUGGCCGAGGGGCUGGCGUCGCGCCGGGAGGGCAUCCGAGCCAACAACCCCGAGCAGAGCAGGCUGGCAGAGCUGGAGGACCAAGCCAAGAGUGCCAAGAAGGGGAUGUGGAGCGAGGGAACAGGUUCCCACACCGUCCGGGACCUCAAGUACAGCAUCGAGAACCCCCGGCACUUUGUGGACUCCAUGCACCAGAAGCCAGUCAAUGCCAUCAUAGAGCACGUGAGGGAUGGCAGUGUGGUGAGGGCCCUUCUGCUGCCCGACUACUACCUGGUCACUGUCAUGCUCUCGGGGAUCAAGUGCCCCACGUUCAAGAGGGAGGCAGAUGCCUCCGAAGUCCCGGAGCCUUUUGCGGCCGAAGCCAAGUUCUUCACGGAGUCCCGGCUGCUGCAGAGGGACGUGCAGAUUGUCCUGGAGAGCUGCCACAACCAGAACAUCCUGGGCACCAUCCUGCACCCGAACGGGAACAUCACGGAGCUGCUGCUGAGGGAGGGCUUUGCCCGCUGUGUGGACUGGUCCAUCGCCGUCUACACCCGCGGCGCCGACAAGCUCCGGGCAGCAGAGAG